AUGUAUUAUAAUUUCCAUUUCAAAGACGUCUGCAUCGCAGACCAGUGUCGCAAUUUGGAGUUUGGGCCUGAGAAAGCAUUUGACGGGAAACGCCUCAUAAACCACACAAUUCGCACCGUGGAAAUUACAAAUUCCGGGUUCUGCGAAAACCUGUGUUAUAUGGAGCCCGACUGUGUCAGUAUUAAUCUUUAUACAUGGGGAGAUGGAAAUGGAAACUAUCAAUGUGAACUAAACAAUGCUACUCAUGAAGGACACGAAGAAAAGUUGAUAGACCAAGAGAUGUAUUCUUAUCACGCAGCUGAGGUAAAUGUAACUUUCAAUUUAAGAGUCAGAUUGGUUUAUUUUGUUUUUCUUUUUAAAACUCUGAGUCUCGUGUUCACCUUUAAUUGCGAACUUGAGUUGUUUUUACUCUUUCAAGACAUUAGCGGUAAUAUUUCCUCUGUGCUCUUCACCAAAAUCUCCUCAAAGACAAAGCAUUUAAAGUUAUCGGAAAAAUAUAGAAAUAGAAGGACAACUAUGAUAACAAGGAUAACGAUAACGAUAUUGAUAACCGUAGUGGUCUAGUAGAGGAUGAAAAUGAUUAUAAUGAUGAUAAUGAUAAUGACAAUGACAACGGUUUGUUUAUUCUGUCAGAGCAAUUGUGUCCAAAACCCUUGUAAAAACAAUGCCACUUGUCAAAGCGGAUUUACUAAGAAAGGUUAUCGGUGUCUUUGUACCGCUGGAUUUGAGGGUCCGAUUUGCCAAAGAGGUAAACACAACUUUUAUGUUGAUAUCUUGAGACCUUCAGGUUAACAACAACGAGGAAAACCUUUAGCGCGCUGCUUGUUAAUUGGGUCUCAUAGAAUAAAAGAGCUUUUCCUUUCCCCAUGUAGCUUAAACCGUUCUUACUAGUCAGUAAAAACCGAAGGACAGCAGGCCUUUGUCACGGUUUCUUCACCAACACAACUCAAUAACGAAAUUUAAAGAAAGUGCAUUAACCACAAGCAAUAAGGUAAUAAGCCACCUGCAGAACUUUCCGCAUUAAAAUAAAAGGAAGAUAUGAAUGUUUCGCAGCUCAUCAGUACUGCUUAUGACCUUCAAGGCGGCUGUUGAUCGAUUCAUUUUGAAAAAUUUGUGUAGUAAUCAUGAGAAACCUAAAACUACGUUUACCAUACCAGGAACAGUAUGUGAAGGAGGCCUACGCAUUUAUUGUGGUUUUCACAGUUGUUGGUGCUUCUAUGCUUUUUUUUUUGUUUUUUUUGGUACGAUAAUUUUGUUUUCAUUUAUUUGUUAAUUUUUUUUGUUCAGACAUCAACGAAUGUGUUCGUGGGAUACACAAAUGCAGCUCUGAUGCGUUUUGCAACAAUACCAAAGGUUCAUACAAUUGCACAUGCAAAAAUGGAUUCACGGGAAAUGGACGAGAAUGUAAAGGUGAGCGUUGGAUUUAUUAGCGAUUAUGCAAUUAAAAGAUAAAGCUUACAUUUGCAAAUUAUCCACAAAGGGAUGGGAACUUACAUCUCGAUCUUUUCAGCAAGAAAAUGUAUAGUGAAACUGGACACGAGGAAAGAUAUAUAUGGACGAAAUCUCACUGAAAAAAGUUAUUCUUGAUCACCAAGGUGUUUUUGCACCAAGUAGAAUAAAUCUUCUGAUCACUGUUUCCUAAAAUAUUCCUUAAAUAAGAAUAUCAAGUAAAGCUGCUGACCUCUCAAGUCAUUUGUGUUUCCAUCAAUUGUUUGUUGGCUUUAUAUCUAUAGACAUCGAUGAGUGUGUCGGAGGGUUACACUCUUGCGGCUUUGAUGCCUAUUGCCACAAUACCAAAGGGUCUUACAACUGUACAUGUAAGCCUGAGUUCACUGGGAGUGGAAGAGAAUGUAAAAGUGAGCGUCAAUUUUGGAAAUAUUGAGCAGAGGAAGAGGACUUUCUUAUUUCGAACUUUCUGAUAGAAAUUGUGAAAUGCCAGUAUAUUAUCGCUACACCCACGAAAAUAAAAUACUAAAACCAAAAACUCUGCCUUCUGACUAAAAACCGAAAUAGUACAAUAUAAACAAGAAAGCAUCUUGCAAUUAUAUCUGCUAUUCUAUUCUAUAUAUGCUAUUCUUUGUUCAUUUAUUCGUCUGUCUAUUUUUUUUAAUCAUUUUUAUUAUUUAAUUUGAAGAUAUCAACGAGUGUCUUGAAACGUUACACACCUGCAGUCCUCAUGCAUUUUUCUAUAACACCAAAGGGGCAUACAAUUGUACAUGUAAACAUGGACUUACUGGAAAUGGACGAGAAUGUAAAGGUAAACGUUGGGGUCGAAAUAUAGAGGAAAAUCAGCCAGUGAAAAGUAUAAGUAAGAAUUUUGCUACAUUAACGGUAGCACUGCCCUUCUACUAGGCAUUGAGACCUUUAUAAACUAUUUGAAGAUAAACAGGUACUACAAAGCAAACAUUGCAGCGCAAAUUUAAGAAUCUUGUCACCAUUAUUAUACUAUUUAAGGCUACCAAAGGUAUAGGAUAACCACUAUUAUUAUACAUUAGACUUAUUAUAAAAUAUCUGAUGGGUUGAUAGUGACCAAUAAAUAUUUUAUAGCGUGUGCACUUGACACAAUAACCCAAUAUCCGUAACUUAUAUUGCAGCUAUCAUUUCGAGUUCAAAAUUUACUUAGUUUCUAAUUCCCUAUUCCGUAUAAUGUUUUAAAACGUUCGCAAGCUCAGAUUUUGAAAAAUCUAUGUAAUAAGAAAAUUAUUGAAUUCGGUUUUCGCAUGAAAUCACGAUAUAUUAAACCUUUUGUAUGUGUCCGCGUGAUCUCCCUCGUCCUUUGGCUUCGGAAGACAACUCAGAUCUCGCUUUUGCUAAUUCAAAAUAUCAUACUCAACCUCAUCCACAAAUUGCUUAUUAGCUUAAAAGUUUUCUUCAUCUCCUUUUUUUUCAGUUGGUAAGUGCCUUUGAAACACAUCCGUCGAUGAUUCUUAAUCGCUUGAAUGUUCUCUUCGUGUAAAAUCACAAAAUACGAGCUGGCAUCUGUUGCAGCUUAAUACUAUUAGUGUGGAAACUUGAACUAAAUGCCCAAUCAUGAGUCUUUGAUUUUUUUCGAAAUAAUCAAUUAUCUUUCAGACACAACUGGUAAUAAACUUGGUAAGCCUUCAAAUAAAGUAGAAAGUUUAAAAACUGGAUAAAAACAUUUAUUGUUUUAUUAAGAUAACAACAAUGGAUCCUCCCCUGACGCCGUUUCUUAUCAAUGAUGUAUUUGAAGAAAACAUGCAUGCUGUCAAACAAAGUAAAUGAAACUGAGAACUCUUUCCAGCUACAAAGCAGAGCUUGGAGCAUGAUAAAAUUAUUUUGUCAAUCAGUCAGAUUGCAGUCAAUAUAGUUUCCCAAUGAUGGAUUAAGAUGAAGCUAAAACAAAUUUAAAAUUUCUUCUAAUCAAAGGUAUUUUUAAAUUCGUUCCAGGAGGUUCCACGUGUGAAGAAAUUCAUGACAUGUAA